AUGCAGACUGAGCUUGGUGGUGCUUAUAUAGACUUGGGUUCGCUGAUCAUUCCGCCCAUCAUUCACGCCAUUCGUUUUGUCUUUUACUUUCAUUCGUUCAUCAUGCGCCAGUCGCACAACGCUCUCUUUGCAUUCGCAGCCUCUGCGACCGCGGCCUCCCUCGCGGACGUCUGCACCGUCUCCCACGUCAAGUCCAUCCUCCCUAGCGAUGGUACUCUCCUUGGAAUCGACCUGAUUCCGUCUGCUGUGACUGCUAGCGUCUACAAUGCCAACUCCAGCUCCUCCAGCUCCGGCUCCAGCUCCGGCGGCAUGGGCAUGGGCAUGGGAGGCAGCACGACAGAGUACAACUACUGCAACGUGACCGUCUCCUACGCGCACACCGGCCGUGACGAUAAAGUGGUCGUGAAGCUCGCCUUCCCCAGCCCGUCCGAGUUCAAGAACCGGUUCUACGUUGGUGGUGGCGGCGGAUACUCGCUCAACGCCGAUGCCACCGGAGGUCUCGAGUACGGUGCCGUCUCGGCCGCUACGGACGCUGGAUACGAUGCCUUCAACAACGACUACGAUGAGGUCGUCCUCUACGGCAAUGGCAGUGUCAACUGGGACGCAACACACAUGUUCGGGUACCAGGCUCUGGGCGAGAUGACACUCGUCGGCAAGGAACUCACCCGUGGGUUCUACGGUCUUGACGCCGACAAGAAGGUAUACACCUACUACGAGGGAUGCUCAGACGGAGGCCGCGAGGGAAUGAGCCAGGUCCAGCGCUGGGGAGAGCAGUAUGACGGUGCCAUCACCGGUGCGCCUGCAUUCCGCUACGCCCAGCAGCAGGUCCAGCACAUCUUCUCCUCUGUCGUCGAACAUACACUGGACUACUACCCUCCGCCCUGCGAGCUGGCCAAGAUCGUCAACGCGACCAUCGCCGCCUGCGACGGCCUCGACGGCCGCAAGGACGGAGUCGUCUCCAGAACAGACCUCUGCAAGCUGAACUUCGACCUCUCCUCCAUCGUCGGCGAACCAUACCACUGCGCCGCCCAGAACUCGACCUCGCUCGGCUUCGGCUUCAGCAAGCGCAGCAGCAGCAGCAGCAGCCCACUAUCCAAACGCCAGUCCGGCAGCACAACCUCGUACCAGCCCGAGCAGAACGGCACUGUCUCCGCUGAAGGUGUCGCCGUCGCCGCAGCCAUCUACGACGGCCUGCACAACUCCGACGGCGAGCGCGCAUACCUCUCCUGGCAAAUCGCCUCGGAAUUGUCCGACGCAACCUCCCAGUACAACUCGGACACGGGGAAAUGGGAGCUCAGCAUCACGAGCAUGGGCGGCGAGUACGUUGCCAAAUUCGUGCAGCUGCUUGACCUCGAUAACCUCUCCACCCUGGAAGGCGUUACCUACGACACUGUUGUCUCCUGGAUGGAUACCGCCAUGGGCCGCUACUACGAUACCCUCCAAACUACUUUCCCUGAUUUAACUGCCUUCCAGGCUGCAGGGGGUAAACUCCUCCACUACCACGGUGAAUCAGACCCUUCCAUCCCCGCCGCUAGCUCAGUGCACUACUGGCAGUCCGUGAGACAGAUCAUGUACCCGAACGCUACAGACGCCGAAGCCCUGGAGCAGCUGGCAGACUGGUACCAGUUCUACCUCAUCCCUGGCGCAGCACACUGCGGCACCAACACCCUCCAGCCUGGCCCGUGGCCCGAGUCGAACAUGGAUAUCAUGAUUGACUGGGUUGAGAACGGGAAGAAGCCGGCUCGUCUGAACUCGACUGUCUCCUCGGGUGACUAUGAGGGUGAGACGCAGAUGCUUUGCCAGUGGCCCCAACGGCCGUUGUGGAAGGAGGGCAGUGAUGACUUUGACUGUGUGAGUGAUGAGGAGUCGGUUGAGAGCUGGACGUAUGAGUUCCCGGCAUUCAAGGUUCCUGUUUAUUAG